CGUGCAAGGUAUCAGUUUCGAAUAAGAAUCAGCUGAAGAUGGGCUGGCAGCGUCCUGAAGCAGUUCCCUAUCCAAAGAUAUGGCACCGGUUUCAGGCCAAAAGUUUGCGGAUAGACAGCUAUUCGGAAUGGUACACAGUUCAGGAUCUUCCGAAAGAGCGUUUCGAGGAUGCCUUGCGGCACAUGAGCAGCCAGUUUGUACGGGACGAGCAAAUGAAUAAAGCGUUGCGACUCAAAGAUGAUUCGACUGCCAUGGAGGAAAUCGUGCAGUUGUGGAAGGACAUGCUUUCGGAGCGUUUGUCUCUUGUUUGUUUCCGAGAAGGAUCCGAUGAGAUCGUGGGAGUUAAUGUGUUGGGAGUGGCGUCAAAGUCCAUUGAGAACAAAUGGAAGUUUAAAAGUGAUGUAUUUCAAACGAUCAUCGAUGCGGUCGGCUACGUAUCGCAGAAAGCAAACGUUUUUGCGCACUACGGUGUGGAUCACUACUUGAAUUCAAUGGGCUUGUCGGUGGAUCGCAGCUAUCGGCUGCGAGGUAUAGCAACUGAAAUGCUUCGGGCCAGAGUUCUGCUUUGUGAAGGAAUAGGUCUGGAGGUGACCUCGGCGUGUUUCACAGGAGCUGGGUCACAGGCCGCCGCCCGGAAGGUUGGAUUUCAAGAAAAUUACUGCAUCACAUAUGGAGAGCUGGCAGAAGCCGAUGACCGAUUUGUAUUUCCUGGGUUGGAACUGAAAAAAUGUAAAUACAUGAGUUUAAAAACUGGUUAGAGAGAAUAUGAGUGUUUAUAACAUUAGAAAUCAAUCUUCAAGAGAAUUGUUGUGACUAUGGCAAGUUUCUGUGGUUUCCCUUUGAUUACACUGCGCAACAAAUCAUGAAAAAAUUUCUCGUUGCAAGAUGAAAUCAAAAAUUUAUUGAGGUUU